CCCCGCUGAAGCUCGCAGCCUCCGCCGGGCACUUCACAAGUUGUUAUUGAAUUUCCACCCACGUACGCCUUGGUUUAAACUAUUCCCACGUACUUGUAGUUACCCAAACCACCAAGGCGCGGAGGCAGGAACCCGCUCCCGGCCACUGGCCCACGGCGGGGGAACGAGCGACGCCCACGGCUGCUUCCACCGGGGGCUGGAAGCGAGGGGGGCCCGCCGUCCCGCGUCCGUCCCCCACGGCAUGGCGGGCGGGGCGGCGCGGCUGCUGCUGGCGGCUCUGCUGGUGGUGCCGGUCGCGGCCCAGCGGGAGCUGCGCUUCAAGCCACCGGCCGAGGCUCCCGUGCGGCUCUUCACCGAGCCCGAGCUGGCCAGAUACGACGGGCAGCAGGAGGGACAGCCCAUUUACCUGGCGGUGAAGGGAGUAGUAUUUGAUGUCACAUCUGGAAAAGAAUUUUAUGGAAAAGGAGCCCCAUACAAUGCUUUGGUUGGAAAAGACUCAACAAGAGGAGUUGCAAAGAUGUCUCUGGAUCCAGCAGAUCUUACUCAUGACAUAACAGGACUCACAGAAGAGGAACUGAAGUCCCUGGAUGAUAUCUUCAAUAAUGUUUAUAAGGCCAAAUAUCCAAUUGUUGGCUAUACUUCUCGACGAAUUCUGAAUGAGGAUGGCAGCCCCAAUCUAGACUUUAAACCUGAAGAUCAGCCACAUUUCAACAUUAAAGAUGAGUUUUGAGGAACAUUUGUGUACCCAGACAAUGCCUGGGGAGAGGCACGAUACAAUAUUAGAUCGAUUCCCUGAUUUUCUGGAGAUCAUGACAACAAUUUGCUAUCAUGAGUCAGUUUUCUGUUUAGAAAAUAUGUAUGUGUACACACAUAGUUUACGUAGCAUUCUUCCAAGAAACAAACAGAUCUGUUUUAGUGUCAUACACUUGGGCUGUUUGCUCUGAAUUAUGGGAGUUAUUUCAUAUGAAAGUUUUUUCUGCCUGGAUUUUUCUGUUUACAAAUGUGUAAUGUAAAAUUACAUUUAGAAAGAGAUAGGGAAGUUUUUAUAGUUGAAACAUUACUGGUCCUUUUGUAAAUCCCAAGUUGUUUCCCACUCCUUGGAGAAGUGUGAAUGCACUGUCUGGAUGAGCUGACAUCAGUUCUCUGUGCUGUAAGUGACUGUAGAUACCACAUGUACAAACAGGUGUAAUAGAUGCUUAAAUGCUUACAUUUUAAAAAGCAUUAUGGGAUUUAAUAUUGGAUAGGUUUGCAAAUACUGGAUAUAAAACCACUCAGUCUCCUAAAAUGCAGUUCCUGUGGAAUAUUUAUGCAAAGCCUACAGCUGUAAACCAAGAAAAGUAAACAUUUUUUCCCCAUGAGAACUACUGUGACAUUAUAAAUAAGACCAUCAUUAUGUUAGUGUUGAAUAAAUGACACUUCAGUUUUUAAAAAUAAUUAUCAAAUAUUUCAUCUAUAUUAGAUUAUGAUGGUUUCCUUCUAGCUUCUUCCACUCUUUCACUGACAAGAAAGGGAAGUGAUAGCCCACUAUUUACCACAUAUUCUUACAGAACAAUUUUAUUAUAGUAGUUUAGUAUCCUGUGGAUAUUGUUAGCAUCUUUAUAUUGACAAUUUCAGCUCUCAUUUUUAAUUCCUGUUAGUUGUUCUUACUCUAGCUUGAUCAUUACUGUUGCAAUGAAGUAUGCAUUCAUAUGUUUCUUUUCCUUUUAACCUAAUAGAAAACUGCAGAUCCUGUAGGGUGAGAGCAGACCCCCUUUACUGGGUUUCUCUUCCAGUCUUUCAGCAACCAGAGGACCAUAAAAGCAUGUGCUAUAUAAAUUGCUGCUAACCACUGACUUUCACUAACCUAAGUAGAAUGUAAAUUGUCAUGUAUGUGGAUUUAUCUGCCACUGUGACAGGUUCAAUUGAGAUGGAAAAACUGAGCAGCUGCUCCCAAUUUUAUAUUAAUAAUAUAGUAAAAAUACAGUUCUAUAUUUUGUUCUGUUUCUUUAGCAUUUGGGCCAUUUUCUUUGAAGGAAAGAUUUUAUCAGAUGAUUCUCUACUUCAUGGUUUGCAGGGGACAGCUGCCUGUCAGUUGAAUAACUAGAAAAGCUGUUUAUUUAUCCUUUCUUUCACAAUGUUACAGAUUUUAAACUUGUUUUGUGUCUUACCAUUAGUCCACUUAAUUUGCAGGAGGGACUCCAUGGGCCCCUCUUGCUGUUGGUUGGUGCUCUGGGGUGGAAUAAAAAAUUUCGCAUCUAAGAAAA